CGCGGCCGCCUGUUGUGGCCAUGGCGGCCGCAGUCUCCUGCGUGGUGCGGCGGGUGGAAGAGCUCGGGGACCUGGCUCAGGCCCACAUACAGCAGCUCAGCGAAGCCGCGGGUGAAGACGAUCACUUUUUAAUUCGGGCCUCUGCAGCUCUAGAAAAGUUGAAGCACUUGUGUGGAGAAGAAAAAGAACAUUCAAAUCCAUCAAAUCUUCUAGAACUUUAUACACAGGCUAUUUUGGACAUGACCUAUUUUGAGGAGAAUAAGCUAGUAGAUGAAGAUUUUCCUGAAGAUUCUUCACAGAAAGUAAAAGAACUGAUCAGUUUUCUUUCAGAACCAGAAAUUUUAGUUAAGGAAAACAGUGUACAUUCAAAACCUUGUGAUUUGCUUGGGGACGAGCUGCUGGAAUGUCUCUCUUGGAGGCGAGGAGCCCUGCUCUACAUGUAUUGUCAUUCUCUGACUAAGAGAAGGGAGUGGCUCUUGAGAAAAAACAGUGUGCUUAAAAAGUACCUUGUUGAUGGAAUCAAUUACUUGCUGAAGAUGUUAAAUUAUCGUUGUCCUAUCCAGUUAAACGAAGGAGUUUCUUUCCAAGACCUAGACACAGCUAAAUUACUAAGUGCAGGAAUAUUCAGUGAUAUUCACUUGCUGGCAAUGAUGUACAGUGGAGAAAUGUGCUACUGGGGAUUGAAGUAUUGUGCAGAUCAUCAGCCAGAAAAUCAUGAAGUGGAUACUGGUGUUUCUGGAGCAAGCUGCACUUCACACAAAGAAUCCUUGGAUUUCCGAGAAGUAGGAGAAAAAAUUUUGAAAAAGUAUGUAUCCGUGUGUGAAGGACCGCUGAAAGAACAAGAGUGGAAUACAACCAAUGCAAAACAAAUUUUAAACUUCUUUCAGCAUCAAUGUAACUAGUAGUUUACCUAAUUCUUUUUAAUCAAAAAGACAAGAAGACCCAUGAAAUAGAAAAUAAGUGUUCAAAAGAGAUACUGCCACUAAUUUUGAAAAAGAUUCACACUUCAGAAAUACUCAGUGUGGUUAUCCUUCUCUAAAUACUAUCAUCUCUCAUUAUAUAUACUCAAACCUGUGAAGAAAUGAUUAAUUCUUAAAUGGCAUAUGUAUAUUACUCUAACUUAGCUUGAAUUACAGAUAUCAUCACUUGUAAGGAGAAACACAAUUUAGCUUUACCAAGUAUUUUUCUAGGUAUUUUGUUUUUUGGUUUUAAUUUUAGGUCUUGGUUUUUUAGUGUUGUUUUGAGAUAGGAUCUCACUGUAUGCAACCUAGGCUGGCCACAAACUCACUAUGUAGCCCAGACUGGCCUUGAACUCAAAAUCUUCCUGUCUCAGCCUCUCAAGUGCCAGUUUUAUGGACGUGUUCUACCAUGCCCAGAUGGAUUGUUAUUUAUUUAUUUUUGUUGAUGUAUGAUAUAUGUAGCACAAAAUUUAAUCUCCAUCUGGAAGUUAGCCAUGCUUCAAAGAUUAGAAUCCAUUACCUUA